AGGGGCUUUGGUGUAAAACGAUGAUGCUGGCUGCCUUGGGGGCGCCGGUGGGCGGGGGGGACGACCUUUUUUUUUGGUCCACCAGUCCUGUGCAACGCUUCACCAACCAACCAACGGUCAACGCUUGCAAAUCUGAGUUGGACUCCUGCAUUUGCUGAUUUCCGAUUUUCGUGGCAUCUGCGCUUUCGGCGGUUGCAAAAUGCUGAGCAACAGGCGCUCGUGCGAGUCUUGAGCAACCACCCAGAAGCCGUUGCAGACCUCGUAAAUCGCACCGGCCGUUUGUCUUGUUUGGUGAAUAGCCUGAAGCCACAUGCAUGUCUACGCACGUAAUGAGACUUUGCCAUGCAUGUACAUCGCUAGCCUCGUCCAACGAUAUUUCUUCCGUGACACGCCGUCUUCUCUCAAUAUUCUCUUGUUUUCUCAUGCAUCACACGUCAACGUGUCUUUAUGGCUGACGUUGUCGCUACUUGGUCUGCUUUAGGUUAGAUUCGCGCAUAUGGAUGCAUUGCUUUUUAUUAUUUCCGUCCGGGUUUGAUGCUCCAAACCAUGGUAUUAUGUAAAAAUUCAAGACUAAUUCUAUUUGCUACGGUAUUCAUCUGUUGAAGAUAUAUAAUCCAUUUUUUGCUGCAAAAACUCCUGAAACUGUUGAGCCAAUCCAAUUUAAUCUACCGCGUUUAUAUGACAAAUUACUCAGUUCUAAUCCAAUCUUGAAAGCAAACACACAGGUUCUCGCUCUUAAGCCUCCCAGAAACCAGGGAAAAGGUAUUCCACCUUCUUCAUAGCCUCGGGGUUUCUGCCUGCAGGCUUGGUCAUGAACUUGACAGCACCUUGGCUGCCGCCCUCCCAGUGCUUAGCAGCAAUCAAGUCGGCGUGCUCAGGCUGAGAGAGUCUCUCAAUGACGGCACCCACGAGUCUCUUGGCGUUCUUGCUGUUGGACUGCAUGUACUUGAUAACCAUCUCGACGUUCACGGGCUCGAAUGAGUGCCAGCAGUCGUAAUCGGUAGCCAUGCAGAUGACUUGAUAAGACAUCUCAGCCUCGCGAGCAAGCUUAGCCUCGGGGAGAGCAGACAUGUUGAUGACAGAUCCGCCCCAAGAGCGGUACAUGUGGGAUUCGGCGCGAGUCGAGAAUUGAGGACCCUCUGUGUGGAAAGUCAGUCUUGGUAUAUACGGUCCAGAUAAUCAAGUUAUGUACCCAUGCAGAUAAGAGUGCCCUUGUCAUGGAGGACAACACCAUCACCCUCCAUGCUAGCAGCGCAGGUCUUGACGACAUCGGCAAGCUUGGAGUCAAAGGGAUCCGAGAAACCGACAUGUCCGACAACGCCGCCCUCGAAGAAGGUGAAGGGGCGGAUACCCUUGGUGCGAUCGAUGACCUGGUCAGGAAGAACAAAGUCCAUGGGCUUGAUUUCCUCCUGGAGAGAGCCAACAGCAGAGAAAGCAACAAUGCAUCGGACACCAAUGCUUCUCAAAGCGGCAAUGUUGGCACGGUUAGGAACCUCAUGAGGGGCAAACUGAUGGUGAACACCAUGUCUCGCCAAGAAGGCAAUGUUGGUGCCGUUGUGAGAGAGAAUGUGGAUUGGGGAUGCAGCCUCGCCCCAAGGAGUAGUAGGGUUCAGGAGAGCAACAGGUUCGUAACCCUCAAGCUGACCCAGACCGGUACCACCAAUAACGGCGAUAGUGACGGGCUCUAUGAAUGAAUGGUUAGUUAAGCGGUGGCAGAAUUAGGAGGUAAAGCAGUCGCAACGCACUGUCGAACGUGGUGGGAAGCUCGGACAUGGUUGGUAGAUGACGGUAAGUCGAUUGCCUCCUGCGUAACUGUUGCUAUGAGUUAUGUGAAACCUGGGUCACUGAGCGUCGCGAUGUGGCUGUGGAUUGAUUUGUCGUAGACAAGAAAUCGCCGCAAAGUUUCCUACGCAAGUCGACAAACACGCUCAACCCCACCAUCGAAAUGACGUUUCUGCUGGAGGGGUAUUGUACCCGUUUCGGCAGGCGGUGGCGGCAUGUGAACGUCAACAUAAUUGACCUGCUCGCUGCUUCUGCAACGUGCGAGUUCUGGAUUCCUAGUAAUUAUUUCCAAAAUUAAGAAACUAUUUUUUACAUGUGUUCUGAAAUAUUGAAAAUCGAUUUUGCCAUAUGCUGCUGCUUGAAACUGUGCACUUGUAAUCUUGAGCCAACGUCUAAGAGCAAACCAAAUCACUGAGGUUGCGAUUUCAGUGCCAGGAUUCAUUCAAUACAAAUAGAUUACGGAGAAACGUUAUUGAUAGUUGAAAUAAUUCUAUUAAAUUAUCACAUUUCUGAUUUUAUCAAAUUGUACAGUCUAAGUAGCACCGUCCAGCAAGCGUCUCUCAGCAGCGAUAAGUCACUGCGGCGCCCAACGGCGGCACACAACGCCUAACCUGUUCCACUUUACCACAACCAUAGUUUUUUUCUUUGCUAGACUUGGAUUUGUCACCGACUUAACAACCAACAUCGUCGUGCAAGAUGACGAUUGUCCACGCCCCGCCCGCGACGGCCCAAAUACCGGACAAGCCGGAAAUUCAAGAUGAGGAUUAUUCUGGCGGCGUUGGCGAAACAAUCGAGGAACGAUGCUUCUCUGCUGCGCUCAUCUGUCUUGAAGGGCAUUUCACCGAGCUGCCACCCAUGGGACCUCAAACAGCUGCAAGGGUCAACUCUAUGAUUACCAAAACACUGGAGAAGACGCAUACUAUCAGAAAGGCCAGGUAAUUAUUUAUUAGCAUUACUGCUGUUGAAAGCAGCAUCUAAUACGUUUGUCACAGAGAAGCCCUGUCGCGCAAUGUCGCCAUCUGGAUCUGGUUAACAAGAAUUUUUGCCGCAUCCAUACCAACGCUCACAGCUCGGUCGGUUGGUCCGCUGUCGAGUCUGAACGACCCGGAGAAGGGAGUGAGUCCCCAUGAGAGCACUGCUCUUAUUGUUAUGAACCAUGCGUCUAUCAAGGAAGACUUGGGCACCUUGAUCAAGCUCAUGCAUAUUGCGAGAAAUCUUUUGGUCAAUGCAGAGCCUGAAGUUCCACAGGACAUUUGUGCUGCCGUUCAUUUCGACCAAAUGGUCUACCAAACAAUCAUUCUAUGUGUCAAUGUCACGAGCAAAGGCUAUGACGGUGAAAUCUUGGACGACGCGCAGCGCAUGAAGUUGGCUGAUGUUACCGAGCUCUAUAAGAAGCUUCUUGUUACUGCCCUCCAACAGGCACAUAAUUGGACGGCAAAGCACGAUCGGAACAAGAUGUCAUUCUGGUUUGACGUCCUCUUUGAUGAUGACGGCGCUCUCGGUGGUCCAGAUGACAUGUAUGCUGAUUGCUCUGGAUUCCGAUUAGAGGCAUCAAAACAGCAGGUACAGCAUUGGUUGGAUCGCAAUUCAAGAAUGUGCGACACUGCCCGUAAGCUUUUGCGAGAGUAUACCGAGAAUCAUUCGGACAAACCUCCAGGAAUCCUGGCGCCAAUUAGACCGCUUGCCAGGAACUGGCUCUCUGAUGGCAAUAGUGAUGACACUGAGAGCAACGCAAAUGAAGAGAAGAUUAAUCCAAUAUGGAACCCCGACGAAGAAGACAAAUUCGAACAAGAUCGCGCAUAUGGGCGGGUCUCGAGAGAAAUUGAUACGUGGUGGCUUCGCGUGCGAGACCCCAAUUACGAUGAAUGGGUUGUGGGAAUGCCGGCUGUGGAGUAUGCCCAAAACAGAUUGGAGCAAUGCAAAAACAACCUCAUUCACACAUAUUCGCAUUCGUAUGGAGAUGAUCAUUCUCAUUCUCCAGAUGAAGUGGAGGAAAUAUUGUCUGAGCAUGAGCAUUGCCCAGACUGCCACCAACCCCACGACGACAACGAAUUCCAAUCAGAUACAGAACAAGACGGAACGAACAAGGAAGCUCAAAAGAAUACCGCCGAAAACACAAACGUCGAUGAUAGUGGCGAUGCUCCUCACCAGCAUCAUCACACACAUAGCCAUGAACAUGACCACGCCCACGAACACGACCAUGAUCACCAACAUAACCAUGACCAUGACCAUCACUAUCACCACUGCCACCACCAUCACGACCAUGACCAUGACUACCCUCACGAUUAUGUUGACGAUAUGCUAGACGAUGAUGACGUUGAUGACGAUGAUUCGUACGGCGAGGGCUCACUGACUGGACUGUUGACGGAAAUUCCUAACAUCCUGGACCCGAAACAGAUCGAGGCCCUUCAUAUGAUUGUGAAAUCCUGCAUUCUGGACAACGCCGGUUCUGGCCUUACCAAAGCAGGCGAGAAUCUGCAAAAGACCAGAUGCAGAAUGUUACUAGCCCUAGACUGCGGCAAGAGCUUGCUCCGAGAAUUGCUUGUGUUUAUCGCAGUUUGGGAUAAAGAUGAACAGUCUCUCAUCUUCCAAGUCACGACUCAAAUAGUGGAAGCCCUGCACCACAGCGCCCUUGUUCCGUACGCCUGGAACACGCUGCGGAUACCAAAGGAUAUCAUCUCCCCAGCGCAGACCGUACUUCUCCGACUGGUUAACCACAUGUUACGGGCACGAAGCAAUGCCAACACGAAUGCAAAUGCGGAAGCAAAGGACAACAGCCGCGAUGUGAAGCUUGUGCAUUUCUUCUUUAGCUUCUUCCGCAGUAGAAUUGUGCCGGAAUGCGCUGCCCUUAUGCACCUUCAAUCGGAAAUCAGACAAGAUAAGUGCGACGCGGCCGAGUUUCCGGUUGACAGCUGGGACAUGGAACGCGCUAAGGAAGGGCUAUACCAGUACCUGGACUUUUUGACGACUGCGGCCGAGAUGCCUGAUAUGCGCGCCAAGCUCAUUGAGUGGGAAGCAGCCUACGAUCUCGUCACUAUUCUAACGGCCCUAGAGGCAGGUGUUCCCAAGAAACCUCUUGUUGCGCUCCCCAAACGAUCGCCCACAGACGCCGCAGCUGAUGGUCCAGUGACAGAAUCACCAUAUGGGACAGAAGGCACAGCCGCAUCACCACCACCACCCCCUAUCCAAGAGCCCGCCUACCAAUUCCCAUGGUCCGGUAUCAAGGGCCAGAUCUUUACCAUUAUUGCAACGCUUUUGCAGCCUCCUCAAGGCCAGAGCAGCCCUGGAAACCCAGAGGUACAAAUGCAGAUGGUCAAGUAUAACGGCAUCGUCCCCCUUCUCAACUGCUGUGCGUACGAUGACCAUAACCCUUUCGCAAAGGAACGAGUAACCAUCUGUCUGAAGUGGCUGCUUGACGGCUGUGAAGCAGCGAACAACUUCUUCCGCGAGCUCGUCAGCAUGGCGCCACAGCCUAACUUGAAGCCCCCCGCUGGUGGCGAAGCCGUUCAAACUCUAAGAUUGGACGGUAUUGAGGGUGAGGUUAAAGUCAAGGUCAGAUCGAAUAAGCCCGCACCGCUUGUUACGGAAGAAGCAACAAGCGAGCUGCUGGAGAAGGCUACAGGGUUGAACCUUGGACUAAGUAACGCCAAGAGCAGCGUCAACGCCGAGGAGGACUUUAUGGCAUGAAUUGAAACGAAUAAUACAUAGAAUUAAAGACAUAACGACAUCCAUUUUUAUUUGAGAUGAUUUCAUUUAUACAUGCAGAAACUGUGUCGAGAGAGAUUGUGAUAGACAGGAGCCAGUCCAGAACCCUGUUGACCUUUUUCGAGCCGACUCUCCACCUAUAUUCCUUCUAAAACGGGAUUUCACAAAUAUGUCGUCCAAAAAAGCAAGCGAACCAUAAGAACAAGAAACAAACGCCAGUAGAUAAUGAAUUUGCGCGCAUCAGCUAGAUCCGUUGGCGGCCAGCUUGCCCUGGGUCUUUUCAAGGUACUCAACCAUGUCGGCAAUGGUACAGACCUUGAUUCCCCAUUUUCUAGCAAAGGCAAUGCAGCCCUCGGCACGAAGCAUGCCCGAGUUGUGACGGACAGCCUGUCCCGGAACCUCCUCGCCAUCGUCGACGAUCUCGCAGAUGGCGCCGACUUCGGCCUUGCCAGCCAGUCUGCAGAGGUCGAGGGUAGCCUCGGUGUGGCCGCGGCGAGCGCGGACGCCGCCAUCGACGGCUCGGAGAGGGAGAACGUGGCCGGGGCGGCGCAGGUUCUGAGGGGUAGAUUUGGGGUCGGCGAGGGUGCGGCAGGAGAGGGCUCGGUCGUGUGCGCUGAUUCCGGUGGUGGUGAGGGGUGACUCGGCAUCGACGGAGAUUGUGUAGGCCGUGCCGUAGGGGUCUUGUGGGUUGGUGACCAUGCGAGGCAGCUCGAGGUCGUCGGCGCGCUUGGCGGACAUGGGCACGCAGAUGUAUCCGGAGGAGUAGCGGACCAUCCAGGCCAUCUUCUCGGUCGUCAUGUCUUCGGCGGCGAUGAUGAGGUCGCCUUCAUUCUCGCGGGACUCGUCGUCGAGGACGACAAGGAAUUCACCUCUCUCUGUAAGAAAGAGAGCAGACGUUAGUAAAAAAGAAGAACAAAAGAUGGCAUUUUCAAGCUUGGUUGGCUGUUGCUGGCAGCCAGCGCAUGUGACGAUGUCGAAAAACUUACUGAAAGCGGCGACGGCGUCGGGGAUGGAGUCGAAUUGACUCGCGUCUAUUGAGGAGGGCAUUGUAGCGGGUUAUUUGAUAUGAGGGGAGUGAAUAUGGGCGGUCGGCGCAAAGAAUGAAAUUGGAGGAGAGGAGAGAAACUGAAGGAACCGGAGACGGAGAGUUGGUCGUGCGAGGCGGGCUAAUGGGGAUUUGGAUUUUCUCGCUUUCGGCCGCAGUGGUGUGGCGUGGCACAGGGAGCGCCGGCUCGGGGAGUGGUGGAGGGGCAGUAAGUAACAGCAGACAGCCAGCAGUGAUUGAACGCAGGCGAGAGAAAAGAAGAGAAAACAAAAUAAAAAAGAUUUCGCAAAUAAUUGAUGAGAACCAACGGUUCGAAUUUACAAUGCGAAUUGAAAAAGCAGACAGACAUUCACAUCCGGCGGGCGGGGGAAACAAAACAUUUAUGGCGCUUGCGCAGAGCCCCAGGCCGAAAGGUUGGAGUAAGUUGCAGGGCCGUCCGGGUCGGCUUUCGGCCAGGCCUCGGCCAGCAUGCGUCGUGUGGUGGGUACCCCGCUACUAACU